AUGUUCCACGACCUCAAAUGUCUGUCACUCGAUAUGACGCCAAGCUCCGAGGUCAUGCCCAAAUCUGAGUGGUUACAAAGGCUGAAUGCACUGGGGCUAAGCAUGCAUCGCAUGAUGGCGGGCGGAUUCUUCCAAACCGGGAUAGACAACAUUCCAUUGAGAGCCUACACGAUCGUGGGAUAUAUUUUCCUUUGCCUCUUUCUACGAGAGUUGCCGCUCAGUAGCCGGAUAUUUGACUACUUAUUGGAAUGUCUGUCACAGGCUCUAAAUGAAAAAAAUAUGAGGAGAGACGCCAGAUGGUAUCCAGAUCGCUUCUUGCUCUGGUUAUUGUUCGUUGGUGGUGCUUCUGCUGCGGGCCGUACGCAGCGCGGGUGGUUCGGAGCACAGAUUCCCGCUGUCCAGGCUCGAUUGAAUAUAAAGUCGUGUGAUGAAGCCCUUUCAUUGUUGUCUAUUUUUACCUUCGUUGCUGCUUGUUAUACACCAUUCCAGGAGUUAUGGGAAGAAACAGAAUCCGUCCUGAAGACGGCUGAGGAUGUGGAGCGGCAACUUGAAGCACUCCAAUAUAGUGGGCGCCACAUAGCUGACCACAAAAUUCGAACAUUUUUCAGUUAA